ACCAGGUGCGAUUAAAAUAUGCUUAAUUGCCUGUUACCACAGUAGUUAUACACUGCAAGUUGUCCAAUUUAAAAUACAUCUUAUUGGACUAUUAUUUGAUCACCUUUUUAGUUAAGAGGAGUUCCUUUUAUAAAUAGUUAUGUAGGUACCUAAGGGAGCUUGGCUUAUGAGUAAGAGUUUCGAAAGCCGGACCUCCGGGGGUAGGCGGAUAUCCGGAACAUAACUAUUCUAUAGCGACUUGAGACUUGGUAGAUAUUAUUACAUGAUAAAAUGUUAAUAAGCUAUACAAGGUUUUAACUCCAUCAUGAGAAUACUCUGCCUUCACGCUGAUAGCCAGAACGAGGCAAUCUUGAGAUCAGAAUUAGCUUCUUUACUACCCAGGUUGCAAUAUUCAAACCAAAACCUCUUGUUUGAAUUUGUUAACGGUCCUUUGCAAUGUUCAAGCUUUCCAACGGAAAACUUAUCACCCCAUGAGAUACAUCGCUAUAAGUUUUACGAGGCUGAAGAUGUCGAAGAUAUUCGUAAAGCUAGCGAGUGGCUAGCUACAAAGUUAGACAACGAUGGACCCUACGAUGGCGUCUUAGCAGUUUCUCAAAGCGCCGCUGUUGUUUCCAGCUUCUUAUUAUAUCGACAGUGGUAUGAUCAUGAGUUACCGCCAGCCUUCAAAUUUGCCAUUUUCAUCGACGGAAGAAUUCCGCUCAAGAUUCUAAAAGACCUCGGAGUGCCUGUCUCAAACGAGGCAGAAAGCGUGGUAGCGGAAGCAAAAUUGCAGCGAGACCGAGGUCUUGGUCCUUUACCAACUCAUACGGCUAAGGCGCGCCGGGCAGUGUUCAACUCGGACGAUUGUUUCGGGUUAAAUCUGAACAGAAUUCCGCUAGAGUUGAAAAUCAGAAUACCGACCGUACACGUAUGGGGCGAGAAUGACCCUUUGUUUCCGGCUUCAGUCCAACUCACGGGGCUCUGCGACCCAUAUAUUAGAAAGAUACAAAUACAUAAAGGGUCUCACGAAAUUCCCCGCGAUGAGGAAGGAUUAUCGGAGUUGGUAUCACUGAUCGAGUGGUGCAUCCAGCGUGCGACAUGGCCUGGUCAAAUGCAACUAUAGAAUUUUAUUGAUCGAGGCUGAGAUGAUGGCGAAAUUGUAGACAAUCAUUUUAUAGCACUUCAUGGUUCAUUCAUUCAACAGAAUAAUAGUGUCGUGUACAUAAAACAUUGUUGAACGUUCUUCGUAGAAUUCCCCUUUGACGCAAUUUGUUGCGUGGCAUGUGAUAGAAAACUGGUGGAUGGGAGUAAUGACUCCCCCUGUCUUAGCCUAGAUCGUCACCCGAGUCACCCCAAUCCAACCCGAAUGAUCUCUGACUUGGCGAUCUUAAAAAUAAUAUGGCCACGAUAUUUCAACAGUACUGCUUUCGUUUAUACAUCUCUCUUGGUGAUUUUCUUUUAUCCAAAAAAAAAAAAAAAAAAAGAACC